GUUGGAUCUGAAGUGAAGGGUAUUAUCUAGUUUACUCGAAUGCGGGAGGGGGUCGGGACGCGAUUGCGUGAUAACGGCCGUUUCUGGAUUGUGUUUUUUUUUAUGUACCUGCUCGUUACAGUUAACUUCUCGUGAGUCAUCAUGGAUGCGGAAAAGUCAAGCAGCAGUUCCUUCGAAGACCUUUCGAACCUGAACGAACAGGAGCGGGCAGAGUUGGCUUCAUCUGUGCUCGACCCUACGCACAUGAAAGCACCCGAAACAAGCCACUCCACAGCCGAACAACAGCAAAAGAAUGAAUGCGAACCGAAUCCAUCGGAGGAAAAUGAGGCAGACUCCGAAUGCAUGGACAUUCUUGGCAAUGGAACACUGUUAAAGAAGGUGCUGAAGAAAGGACGCUCGGAGCUGAGGCCCGAAAGUAAAGAUCUUGUGACCAUCACAUAUACGGGAAAGCUCGAGGAUGGAACGGUGGUUGAAGAACACAGUAAUGUUGUGGUGCAAAUCGAUGAUGUAGAGGUGGUACAAGGGUUAGAUAUGGCGUUGAAGCUAAUGAAUGAGGGCGAAGUUGCGGAAGUGAUUGUAAAUCCUCGGUUCGCGUACGGCGAGCUUGGAUUGAAAGAUCCCACCGAGUUGGACCCGGUAAUACGGUCCGUUCCGCCAAAUGCGACCAUAACGUACACGGUUACGCUGGUGUCGAUGCGAGAGGAAAGCGACAUCGAAGCGCGAACGUACACAUCCCGGAAGGAAAUUGGUAACAAGAAACGAUUGCGCGGCAACUACUGGAUGAAGCGCCAGGAGUACAACCUGGCGAUACAGAGCUAUCGACGAGCGUUGGAGUAUCUUGAUGAUACGGUAAGUGCCGGAGGCAUGAUGGAAUCCGGUGCCGGUUCGGUUGAGUUAUCCACCACAGAGCUGCAGGAUUUGCUGGAAGAUCGUAUGAAAGUGUACAAUAACCUCGCGUUGGCUCAGCUUAAAAUAUCAGCCCACGAAGCUGCCCUCAAGUCGGUUGAUCAUGUACUAAAGUGCCAGCCAAACAACGCCAAGGCUCUGUUUCGUAAGGGCAAGAUCUUGGAUGCUAAAGGGGAUACUGCAGGCGCUAUAACGCUUCUUCAAAAAGCAGCUACGAGCGACGUCGACGAUAAGCUAAUACAGUCGGAAUUAUCCAAAUUGAUCUUAAAAUCUAAGCGUGAGGCUCGUAACGAACGGGACCUGUAUCAGAAGAUGCUUGGCCAGGCACAGAAGCUGGAACAAAAGACGAAAACUGCACCAGCCGUGCAAAACAAUGAAUCGUCCAAGGUAAAAUGUUCCAGCGGGCAAAAACUCUUAUCUCUUAUUUAUCUUAUUUUUUCUAACAAUCUAAUCCUUCAGAUGAUGAUGUGGGGUUACCUCGUGGGCACAAUCCUGAUCGGAGUGGUCGGUGUCGCGAUCUUCCGGUACAAUAAUCCAUAAAUUCGACACAAUUGGAAGAGUUGAUUGUACUAGCGCACCAAUAGCUGCUAUUGCCCCCACACAUAAGCUGAACAGAUGCAUUAGAAUACGUGAACGAUCGGAAGGCAAACGAAACGUGCUAGGUAGGAAUUUCUUGAACAAAACGAAAACAGGGUGCGUGUUUUUCUACGAGCAUCUACAAGCGUAGAAGUAAUGAAUUGUUUAAUCUAGGGUGUAUGGCGAUUUAAAUGACACGCUUCCCACGUGCGCGAGUGCUUAAGUAUCGUGGUGCGGUGCAAGAAAGAGUACAAGAAAGUUAGUGGCGGUUCCGAUUGCGUUACAUGUAACAUUUUAUGCGUACGUUUUGUGCAAAAAAGAAUUAGAAGCUAGUGUUUCAACGAGACCAUCAUUAGGUCCUUCUGUGGGUGCGCACAUUUACCUAAAGCACUUGCUUGGGUAUACGCUUUUUGAAUUACUGGAACUUGGACAUCCGAUCCAAAUAUGUUUUAUCGUAAAACAAAUUGUUGGCAAACAGCCACCAAACGGGAGAUGAUUUGUUUGAAAAAAAAAAAACAUUAUCAAACAAGCAGGUUAAAAGCAAAAGAUGAUUUUUAAUUCACUCUUCCUCGCAAGCAGGAA